CAUCGGGUAACACGCACCACAAUCUGAACGCAAUGGAAAUGUCAAAACAAACUUUCUAAUAAAAUCAAACAAAACAUCUUUCUCAUUCUUAGCUCAAUAGAUCACAUGUAACACUGUAAUAUUCCUCUUUUUUUCGUUAGUUUGUUUUGUCCAUUUCUCGCAUUCGGUUUUCUGUUGUGAUCGUAGUAUAUUUUAAUAAAAUCAAAUUUUUCAUAUCACGUCAUUGAUCUUAGUUUUAUCGUAUAACAACAAGAAAAAUAAGAAAUAUUCAGUUGUAAUGGCUCACAUUCAAUAUGUUGACUCAAUACUGCGUGAGUACAUGCUUUUUCGUGGUUUUUCAAAUACAUUGAAAACAUUUGAUAGUGAAUUAAAAAGUGAUAAGGACAAAGGAUUUCGCGUUGACAAAAUUAUCGACCAAAUACUGAACGCAAUCAAUACGCAAGAUUUGUUACUGUUACGAGAAAUCUGGAAUCAUUUGGAUGGUCAUUUGUUUAGUAAAUUGGAACAUUCGUUUGCAUCAGCUGUGAAAAAGUUGGAAUCAGGACUGUUGAAGUUGUACUUGGUAACGGCGUAUCUGGCUGGAAAACCCGAUAAAAUCACGGAAUUCUUCACAAAACUAGCACCAGAACUACAUAUUCAAUCUGAAUGGAGAGAAUGGUUUUUCUUUCCAUUCUGUAAAAAUCCUGAUGAGCAUGCUGUGUUUGCCGUUUGCUUCACCAAACAAUGGCAAGAUACGCUGUUGGUAUCUCUGCACAAUUUUUUGGCGACAAUAUUCCAAUGUAUGCCUCAACCGACCCUGACCCGUCUCGAUACGGAGGCCACACAGAUGAAAAAGCUACAGGAGGAGAAUAAUCUAUUGAGAAGCCGCAUCCAAUCAAUGGGUAAUCAAUUAUCACAGCCGUCAGCAUCAUCGUCGCCCAAAAGUGGCUCGUCAACAACACAUCAAUCGCGGCGCUCAACGUUCCAUGAACAAAAACGUUUACCAGAUAACAAACCGCACAUGCAAAUCAAUCCAAAUCCAAAUCCAAAUUCAUUGAACGAUGUCAUUCCAUUUUACAUUCCACCACCACCGCAUCUAGUUGACGACUUUUAUAUCAUUGCUCAGGAGACAAUGAAUGUUGGUAAUAUGGCCGAUUCGCAGGCACGCAGUCUGCGAUCACUCAUUCGAAAUAUCAGCUCAGGGGGAAGCCCGGUAAUGGGCCGAAAAGAAUCAUUGGACAGAGGUUCGAAAAAACGAUCGGGCAGUGCUGGCAGCCGAUCAUGGAAUCUGCACUAAAUCAGCUACAGAUUUGAAAUAAUUGAACGAAAUCAAAUGAAUCUCGUAUGUAGACUCUAGCUUACACUAUCUACGCUCAUGAGUAGUGGCAAUGAUGAUCAUUUUCCUGUAUAUUAUGCAAUUAUAAAUUUAAAUAAAGAAAAAGCGAGAGAAGUAUUUGUUGUGAUUCCAAAUAAAAUCAACAAAAAGAUGAGAAAAAUGAACAUGAACAGCAACAAAUCAACUGUAUAUUUAGUAACAAUAAAACUGUAAAAUCUAUGUAUUACCAACAUUUGCACUUCAGUUAGAAACAGAAAUAAAUGAUAUCUUAAUUCACCUAAA